AUGACGUCAGUUGAACGAGUUAUUACAUAUACCAAGCUUGAAUGUGAGCCAGGAUACAUGAUCGAACGACGACCCCUGGAAAACUGGCCAAAUGAAGGAAAUAUCAUAUUCAAAGAAGUAUCCUUGAGAUAUUAUCCGGGAGGACCACAAGUGUUGAAGAAUAUCAAACUCAAUAUCAAAGGAGGAACAAAGAUCGGUGUCGCUGGCCGUACUGGUGCUGGAAAGUCAUCUUUUGUGGCAGCUCUAAUGCGCAUGCCUGAAUCGUGUGAUGAAAUAGUCAUUGAUGGAAUUCCAGUGAAGGAAAUAAACCUCCAGGAAACUCGACGAUGUAUAUCCGUCCUUGGUCAAAGUCCAGUACUGUUUAAUGGAUCACUGAGGAAAAAUCUGGAUCUUGUUGAGCAGUUUACAGAUGCAGAUUUAUGGCAAGUUCUACAAGAUGUGCAACUGAAAGAAUCAGUGAAAAGUCUUCACGGGCAACUUGAUCACGAACUGUUGGAAAAUGGUGCAAAUAUCAGUGUUGGAGAACGACAGUUGAUUUGUUUGGCUCGUGUGCUGUUGCAACGAAACAAGAUCAUCGUCUUGGAUGAACCUACUGCAAAUGUAGAUCCAGAAACAGAAAAAACAAUCUUGGGCGUAGUGCGUGAAAAACUGAGAGACUCUACGGUCAUCACUAUAGCUCAUCGAUUGAACACCAUCAAAGACUGUGAUAAAAUUUUACUUUUCAAACGUGGAACGGUAGCAGAGUUCGACAAAUUUGACACUUUGGUGAACACAGAAGAAAGUGAGUUGCGUGAAAUGGCGCGAAUUGCAAGUUCCAAAACAACGUAA